CAUCCAAAUUUUAAUAUGUGGAUACUUUCAUGGAAGGGAGCUACUGGCUUUUCAGCUUCAUCUACUGCUGAAGAAGUUACUCGAGGAAUCGAAGCCUAUGGCCUCACCGCCAUUAUUACAGGUCCAACAAGUGGUAUUGGCCUGGAAACUGCUAGGAUUCUGGCGUUGCGCGGUGUACAUGUGGUUAUGGCCGUCAGAAACACGACAGCGGGUCACAAAAUCAAGCAAGAAAUAAUCAACGAAAUCCCCAAGGCGAAAAUCGAUGUUAUGGAGCUUAAUGUCGCUUCACUCAAAUCGGUUAAUAAAUUUGUGACCGAAUUUAAAGCGUCCGGUUUACCCCUUAAUAUCCUCAUCAAUAACGCUGGGAUGAUGGCACCACCGUUCAGCCUCUCUGAGGACAACAUCGAGUUACAAUUAGCGACGAACCACAUCGGUCACUUCCAUAUGACAAAUGGUUUAUUGGAAACCAUGAAAAACACUGCCGAAAAGUCAGGAGUCCAGGGUAGGAUCGUCAUAGUGUCGUCGGUGCUUCAGAAAACGACUUAUAAAGAAGGGAUUAGAUUCGAUAAAAUAAAUGACGAAAAGAGUUACAAUGCUUUACUGGCGUACGGACAAUCAAAGCUUGCUAAUGCUUUGCAUGCAAAGGAACUCGCAAGGCAACUCAAGGAAGAAGGUGUUAAUAUAACCGUAAAUUCACUCCAUCCGGGAGUUAUCGCGACCAAUCUUGCACGCCACACAGCUGUGAUGCGAGUGAUCUUUGGGUACGUCGUACGACUUUUCUUGAAGAAUGUGGAACAGGGGGCGUCAACUACAUGCUAUCUGGCAAUACACCCAGGGGCUAAGGGAAUUAGUGGCGAGUAUUGGGCUGAUAAUAACAUAUCGAGUCCAAGCGGGUUUGUUAAUGAUCCAGAGUUUGUCAAAAAGUUUUGGGAUUUUAGCGUUGAGUUGGUUGAUCGGUCGCUAGCUUCAUCGUCACUAUAACUUCUUCCCGUAGCUAAGUAUUAGCAACGGUGUAAUGUAAACUGUCCUUGUUGUUAUAAUAAAAGAAGCUUUGUAUAAUAAAAGCAAACUUAUUCUCCUCUUUUGCUUA